CAUUGUACAAUUUGCACAUCCACAUUUGCUCUCUCUCACGCCCACAGAAGCACAGUCAGACAGAACUGACACAACGAGAGACCGAGUCUGCGCGACCAUCCAUGUCUUAUUAGCCCACCACGAUCCAAUCCCCGCAAAGCUAGAUCAUGCCCAUGAGCUCCUAGAAGCCACUCUCUCUCUCUCUCUUUCUCUCUCUCUCUCUUUCUCCCACCCUCCCUCUAUUUAAGACCACCGCAAUUUCCUCCGACCUUGUACCACAACUUACUACCACGUCUCGACCCAAAAGAAAGCAAUGGAGAAUAGCCCCUCCAAUACAAACGCACCCUACACCCUCCUGCCGGAGGACCCCUUCCCGGCGCGGCCUCUGGCGAGCUUCCGGAGACCCUUGAAGGUGUUUGGAGCAACUGUUGCUUCCGUCGUGUUCCUCAUGUCGUUGGUUGGGCUGAUCAUUAACCAAAGCCCCGUGCCGCCAGCCAAGAACGACCACCAUGGCUCUGAUCCUUUGACCUCCAAAGCGACGUCAUUUUCGGAGGAUGCGGAGCGACUACCGACCGGAGUGUCGGAAGGGGUGUCCGCGAAAUCCUACCCGUCCGUUCGGGACCGGCUUUCAUACAACUGGACAAACGCAAUGUUCUCCUGGCAAAGAACAGCUUACCAUUUUCAGCCUGAGAAGAAUUGGAUGAAUGAUCCUGAUGGUCCGCUGUACUAUAUGGGGUGGUACCACCUGUUCUACCAGUACAAUCCGGAUUCCGCCGUGUGGGGCAACAUCACGUGGGGGCACGCCGUGUCGAAGGACCUCAUCCACUGGCUCUACCUCCCUCUCGCCAUGGUCCCCGACAGGUGGUUCGACAUUGGGGGGGUUUGGACUGGCUCGGCCACCCUACUCCCCGAUGGUCGCAUCGUGAUGCUGUACACCGGCGACAUGGCGAACUCCGUCCAGGUCCAAAACUUAGCCUACCCUGCCAAUCUAUCCGACCCGCUACUCCUUGACUGGGUCAAGUACCCGGAUAACCCGGUCAUCGUCCCUCCAGCCGGAAUUGAGUACGACGAGUUCCGUGACCCGACCACCGCCUGGAUCGGGCCCAACGGGACCUGGCGGCUCCUGAUCGGGACCAAGGUCAACAGCACGGGCAUGGCCCUCAUCUACGAGACCACCAAUUUCACCACCUACGAGGCCGCGCCGGGGGUGCUCCACGCGGUCAACGGCACUGGGAUGUGGGAGUGCGUGGACUUCUACCCGGUCUCGACCAACUCGUCGGAGGGGCUCGAGACGUCGGUCGUCGGGCCCGGCGUGAAGCACGUGCUGAAGGCGAGCCUGGACGAUUUGAAGAUGGAUUAUUACGCGAUCGGGACGUACGACCCGGUCAGCGACACCUGGACGCCCGACGACCCGGAGGCCGACGUGGGCAUCGGACUGCUGGUGGACUAUGGCAGGUACUACGCGUCCAAGACAUUCUUCGACCAGAACACGGGGCGGAGGAUCUUGUGGGGUUGGAUCAACGAAACCGACACUGACUACGAUGAUUUGGCCAAAGGUUGGGCAUCCGUUCAGACAAUUCCGAGGGUCGUGACAUUCGACAACAAGACCGGAUCGAACAUCCUGGAAUGGCCUGUGGAAGAGGUGGAGAGCUUGAGAUUGGACAGCACCGAGUUCGACGACAUUCUGGUCGAGGCUGGAUCAGUCGUGGCGCUUAACAUCAGCUCGGCUACGCAGCUCGACAUAAGCGUGGAGUUUGAAAUAGAGGGAAGCGAUGCACUGGAAGCGCUGGAAGUGCCGGAAGCUAUAAUCGAAUGCGCUACCACUCAAAACAGGUCGACUCUGGGCCCGUUCGGCCUUCUCGUUCUCGCCGACGAGUCGCUCUCAGAGCUCACCCCCAUCUACUUCCACAUUGCUAAAUCCACUAAUGGCAGCCUCACGACAUUGUUCUGCGCCGACGAGACGAGGUCGAGCAAGGCUUCGGAAAUUUUCAAGAAAGUUUACGGUGGACCCGUUCCAGUACUGAACGAUGAGAAAUUCACUAUGAGACUCCUGGUUGACCAUUCGAUCAUCGAAAGCUUCGCCCAGGGGGGUAGGACCGUCAUAACAUCGCGGGUCUACCCGACGGAAGCGAUCUACGGGGCGGCGAAACUGUUCUUGUUCAACAACGCGACCGGAGUGAACGUGACGGCCUCGCUCGAGAUAUGGCAAAUGAACUCUGCCUUUAUCCACCCGUUUCCCUUGGAAGAAUUGGGAGGGGGGCGAUUCAGUCAAAAGUGAACGUAAUUCUUGCCGGGCCUUUUUCCAUGGGCCGAACAUUGGGCCCAAGUGAAAUUCCGAUCCGAGUUUUGCCACCGCCGAAGCCUAUUCUUUUUUUUUUUUUUUUUUUUGGGUUGCCUAUUGAUGUCUACUUAAUUAUUUCGAUCUUCUUUUUGCUAGAAAUGAAUUCCCGAUGUGCGGGAAACGUUGUACGCGAUUUGCAGAGUAUCCAUCCAUUAUGCUUUAUAGAUAAGACCGGCGUCCUUCCUCUAAUUAAGUUUGAUUUAGUUC